AUGGAUCCAAAUAAAAAACCAGAGGAAGCAGCAACAAUUUCAGAAAUGGAUAAGGGCAAGAUGGUAGUUCUCACAGAGUUGCGGAAUAAAAAGAAUAAUGAGGAGGUUGGUAUCAGACCAAGCAAAACUUUCCAAUCAUUCGUUGUGGCAGCUGGGGGUCACCGCGAGUUAAAUUUUAUCAAAAAAGAUGUGAGGAAUUACAUCACGAGAGAAGUGCAGAAUAUUUCGGAACAAGACGAUGCAAAAGGAUUCGGGAAAUACUUAUUAAGAAUGAAAAAGAAGAAUCAGAAUUUCUUUUUCGAGCUCGAAAUUGAGGACAAUCAGUCGAUUAAGCUUGGUUUUUGGGCCGACACAAGGAGCAUAGCUGCCUUUGAGAGUAUUUCGGAGAUGUUAUUUCAUUCGACACCACCUACAAUACAAACAGUCGGAGAACAAGUUUCCAGCUCAAUAUUCAACAAGUUCGCGGUUACCUACGACUCAGUUGCAGCCGAGAUAAACGUGUUUGAUGCUGCAUCAGCGGCGCAUUCAAAUUCCAACCAAUAUCAAUGGCACGUUAUGAAUUAUCAGCUCAGGGUACCAGCAGCAGGGGAUAACUCGUUGGGUGUAUAG